AUGACAAUGCCAAUGGCACCGCUGAUGUACCCAGCCCAAAAGUCCGACGCCAUCAAACCCGACGUCAAUCUGCAAUUGAUUGAGCCCACCGACCGACUAGCAAAGCCAUUCAAAUGCCCCGGUUCCGCAACUUUCACACGAGCAUCGACCAAACCAGCCCGAAAGCGACGGAAGGUGGACUACACUGGCGCGGAUGGAGGGGGAGACGACGAUAAUGCGAAGCCGUACACGAACGAGGACCGCCUCGCGCUCGCGACCAGAGACGCCAAUAGAUUCCCCGUGUUCAAGCCUAAAGACAAAGAUGUGGCCUUUAGACAGAGGUUCAUGAUACCGUUGAUUGAUAAAUCGGCUGAUAGGUUUGAUGGGGCCCGGCCUGCGCCGACGCUGGGGAUGAGGCAGGGUGCUACGUUUGUCGUGAAGCCUUUGCAUGAUCCGAGUGGCGAGUUUGCGAUUGUGUUGUAUGAUCCGACUGUGGAUGAUGUCGAUGAACCUGCUCCGAAGAAGGAUGAGGAACAGGCUGAGAGCGAGAAACCCAAGUUGGAUGAACCGCUCGUACAUAAAAGCUUGGCGGAUAUAUUGGGUAUAAAGAAAGAGGUCGAGGAGCGUCCUAGGGUUCCCGUGGUUAUUGAUCCGCGACUGGCAAAGGUUCUGCGGCCUCAUCAAGUGGAGGGCGUCAAGUUUCUUUAUCGAUGUACAACUGGCAUGGUUGACAAGAAUGCAAGUGGUUGCAUCAUGGCAGACGGGAUGGGGUUAGGGAAAACGCUUCAAUGCAUUUCAUUGAUGUGGACGCUUCUAAGGCAGUCGCCAGAAGCAGGCAAGACAACCAUCCAGAAAUGCAUCAUUGCGUGUCCGUCAAGUUUGGUAGGCAAUUGGGCAAACGAACUCGGCAAAUGGCUGGGGCAGGGCACUAUCACGCCGUUUGCAGUGGAUGGCAAGGCCUCAAAGACCGAGUUGACUUCCCAAAUCAAGCAAUGGGCGAUCUCCUCCGGACGUUCGGUCGUCAGGCCUGUGCUCAUCGUGUCAUACGAGACUCUCCGCAUGUAUGUCGAGACAUUGAAGGACAGCCCUAUUGGUUUACUUCUGUGCGACGAGGGCCACCGACUCAAAAACAAAGACAGCUUGACCUGGACGGCCCUCGACAGUCUCAAUGUACAACGCCGGGUCAUCUUGUCCGGAACGCCUAUCCAAAACGACCUCUCGGAGUACUUUGCUUUGCUGAACUUUGCGAAUCCCAAUUUGCUAGGGUCCCAGGCCGAGUUUCGGAAGCGGUUCGAGCUGCCGAUUCUCAGAGGGAGGGAUGCAGCCGGAACCGAAGAAGAACGCGCCAAGGGUGAUGAACGUCUGGCGGAGCUUUCCACCAUCGUCAACAAAUUCAUCAUUCGCCGGACGAAUGACAUUUUGACAAAAUACUUGCCCGUCAAGUACGAGCAUGUCGUUUUUUGUGGUCUUUCUGAGUUCCAAGUCGGCUUGUAUAAUCACUUCAUCCAAAGCCCGGAAAUUAGGAGCCUCCUCCGAGGCAAAGGCAGUCAGCCGCUGAAGGCCAUUGGGAUUCUAAAGAAGCUUUGCAACCACCCAGACCUUCUCAAUCUUUCCAGCGAUUUACCAGGAUGUGAGUAUACGUACCCAGAAGAUUACGUCCCCCCGGAAGCACGAGGGCGCGAUCGCGACAUCAAAUCAUGGUAUUCCGGGAAGAUGAUGGUAUUGGACCGAAUGCUUGCUCGCAUUCGCCAAGACACGAACGACAAAAUCGUUCUUAUCAGCAAUUACACCCAAACGCUCGAUCUCUUCGAGAAGCUCUGUCGAACGAGGGGCUACGGGUCCCUACGACUAGACGGGACCAUGAACGUGAACAAACGGUCGAAGCUAGUGGACAAAUUCAACAACCCCGACGGCGAGGAAUUCGUCUUCCUCCUCAGCAGCAAAGCCGGCGGGUGCGGAUUGAACCUGAUCGGCGCAAAUCGCCUCGUGCUUUUCGACCCCGACUGGAACCCCGCUGCGGACCAGCAAGCGCUGGCUCGAGUAUGGCGUGACGGGCAGAAAAAGGACUGCUUCGUAUACCGCUUCAUCGCCACGGGGUCGAUCGAGGAGAAGAUCUUCCAGCGUCAGUCGCACAAGCAGUCUCUCUCGUCUUGCGUGGUAGACUCAGCGGAAGACGUCGAGCGGCACUUUUCCGCAGAGUCGCUCCGAGAACUGUUCCAGUUCAAGCCUGAAACCCGAAGUGACACACACGACACCUUCAAAUGCAAGCGAUGCCGGCCCGACGGAGGGCAGUUUGUCAAGGCCCCGGCUAUGCUGUAUGGUGACACCAGCUCCUGGAAUCACUUUGUGAAUGACGGGGAGACCGGCGCGCUCAGCAAGAUCCAGGACUUGUUGAUCCGCCAGGAGACUGGCGAGAGGGACCGUUGGGCUUCACGAUUCCAUCGUAAUCCCUCCCCCGCGAACGCUCCUAGUCCUGAUCAAAGAAUCAACUGUCGUCAAUCGUGCGAUUACUGUGCCUACCGAUGGUCAAGAGUCGUUCGCGAUGCCGCAUUCAAAGGCGACCACGAAGAAAUCCGGAAAGUCGUCGACCAACUAUGCCAUGACUAUGCCUACGCCGUCCACCAACCGCACGCGCGAAACGGAGGCCUCAUCGGGCUGGCCGCGGCCUCGAUAGCUUUGGGAUCUGAGGGUGUCGCGCCCUACCUCAAGGAAAUUGUGCCGCCCGUACUGGCUUGUUUCUCAGACCAGGAUGCGCGGGUCCGAUAUUAUGCCUGCGAGAGCAUGUACAACAUCGCCAAAGUCGCAAAGGGGGAGAUACUACUGUUUUUCAAUGAGAUUUUUGACGAUCUCAGCAAGUUAGCUUCUGAUUCGGAAAUGUCGGUGAAGAACGGCGCCGAGCUUCUUGAUAGGCUUGUUAAAGAUAUCGUUUCAGAAUCGGCGGCUUCGUAUAUCUCGGUCCUCCAGCUCUCCGACAAGCAAGCAUCAGACACGGAAACGUUGGAGGAUGCGGACCUUCCGACGGCGUUUUCCCUCCCGAAAUUUAUACCGCUACUCAAGGAGCGAAUACACGUUAUAAGCCCUUUUACACGGAACUUCUUGGUGUCAUGGCUGGCUUUGUUGGACACCAUUCCGGACCUGGAACUCGUUGCGUAUCUGCCGGAAUUCCUUGGUGGACUGAUCAAAUUCCUGGGAGAUACGAACACGGACGUGAAUGUCGCCACUCAAGAUCUGCUCGACAAAUUCUUGACAGAAAUCAAAAGAAUCGAACGAUUGAAGAAGGGGAUCGAAGAAAGCCAGAAAAGCCAGAGCAAUGAGAACCGUCGCUCAACAGCCAGCGGGAGUGUCAGCACCACCACCGAGCACACGAUAGGCGCCGAGGUCGAGGCUAGUGAGAACGCCAUAGAUGAUUCGGAAUCGGGGUCAAUUAUCGAAGAGGUGAUACAUACCGACGGGGACUGGAUCCCUGGACAGGAUGUCCAGAUCGAUUAUCCCAGGAUAUUGGACAUUCUCGUGGGCUUUGUCGACACGUCUUUUGUCGAGGAAAUGCAGUUGACGGCCCUGCGAUGGAUCGACAGCUUCUUCGACAUUAACCCCGAAGACAUCCUCCCCUUUGUUCCACGUCUCCUCACUCAGGUCCUACCAGCGAUGUCCAGCGGCUCGGACCAAGUACGACAGGCCGCAAACCGAGUCAACACGUCUCUACUGGGGUACAUCGUAUCAUUGUCGGAGGACAUGUCGGACGAACCGCGCCAGUUUGCAUCGUCGAAAGCGGCAACGACCAGUAAAGAGUUCGAAAGGCGAUCGUCUACACCCGGAAGUCGACCCGAUGCAUCACCGAACGAGCCCAAAAAAGCGACACAUCAGCAAGAAGGCUCGAACAUUCAAACACCCCGAAGCAGUAUAAUAUCUACACCAGUGCCGCCGACAGACCUUGACUACGCCGCAGCCGUCAAUUCACUGACCCUACAAUUUCUGAACGAGAACGAAGCCACACGGGUAGCCGCGCUCUCGUGGCUCAUCAUGCUUCACCGCAAGGCGCCUAAGAAGGUGGUCGCUUUCAACGAUGGGACGUUCCCUGCUCUGCUCAAGACGCUGUCAGAUCCAGCCGAAGCGGUCGUUACCAAAGACCUGCAGCUCCUCUCGCAGAUAUCGAGAAACAGCGAUGACAGCUAUUUCAAAUCCUUCAUGGUGAACUUGCUCCAGCUGUUUUCCACGGAUCGGGGCCUACUUGAAGUUCGCGGGAACCUCAUCAUCCGACAGCUUUGCACGAAUCUCAGCCCUGAGCGCAUAUACAGGACUCUGGCCGACUGCCUAGAGAAGGAGGAGGACAUUGAAUUCGCCAGCAUUAUGGUUCAAAACCUGAAUAAUAACCUAAUCACGGCGCCGGAGCUUUCCGACCUGCGCAAACGACUGCGCAAUUUGGACUCUAGAGAAGGCCAAAUGUUCUUCGUGGCGCUCUUCCGAUCAUGGUGCCACAACGCCGUGUCUACCUUCUCCCUGUGUCUGCUCGCUCAGGCCUACGAGCAGGCCUACAACCUCCUCCAAGUUUUCGCCGAACUCGAAAUGACAGUCAACAUGUUAAUCCAGAUCGACAAGCUGGUCCAGCUGCUGGAGUCACCGGUGUUCACUUACCUCCGUCUCCAACUCCUCGAACCAGAACGCUACCCCUACCUCUACAAAUGCCUCUACGGCGUGCUCAUGCUCCUCCCGCAGAGCUCGGCCUUUGCAGCGCUCAAAAACCGCCUCAACAGCGUUAGCAAUAUUGGUCUUUUACAUACGGGGUUACGACCAACCCUCACAACCUCAACCUCCUCCCUCUCCACAUCCUCCACCUCCUCCUCAACAACCCCAACCCCGCCAACAAGCAGCCGGCUCAAACGCGAAGAGCCCUCCAUCAAGUGGAUCGACCUCCUCGACAAGUUCAAGACCGUGCAAGAGCGCUCCCGCCGCGCCCUCCACCCCCAACAACACUACCAGCAUAACCAGCACGACUCGGCUGACUCGGGCCCCUUCGGCCAUUCCACCUCGCUUUCUGCGGCGCUGUCUGCGGCGGAGCAGACGCGUCAUCGGGAUCGAUUAUUGCCUGAUGCGCCGAGGGGUGGGCCUGGACUUUCGACUAAUGAAGGCGGUGCUGGUGGGGGAGGCAGUGGGCGUGAUGGGGGGGUACUGCAGAGGGGUGCGUCUGGUGGUGGUGGUGGUACUGGUGGAAGUGGAGGACCGCAGAAGCAUAAGUCUAGUUUGUCGAAUUUGGGGAGGUUGGGGAUUGGGAGUCGGAGGUCGAAGAAGUGA